GAUAAAAAAAAUUUUUUCUUCUUCCACACUUUUCUAUAAAGUUAGACAUGACAACAUCAGAACAACUUAAUUCUCAGUCAUUCCCCACAACAUCACAGUCAUAUUUAUCAUCGUUAAAUUCUCCUAUAGAUGGAUUAUUUUUAAUUGAUGAUUUUAUUUCAGAACAAGAAGAAUUUGAACUUAUUAAUUCUAUUGAUUUAUGUGAAUGGUCUGGAAAUGGGAUACCACCAAAUCCGGAGAUGAGAAGAAGAACACAACAUUACGGUUAUGAGUUUAGUUAUAGAUAUAGGAAAGUAGUUCAAAAUUUAGGAGUAUUACCAAAUUUUUUAGAUUUUUUAAUUAAAAGAUUUAUUGAAAAAAAAUUCAUUCAAUCUACUGAACAGGAGUAUCCAAAUAUGUGUAUAAUAAAUGAAUAUCAAGCUGGUCAAGGAAUAAUGCCACAUACAGAUUCACCAGAAAUAUUCGGACCGGUAAUAUUAAGUCUUUCAAUACUUACAUCAUGUUUAAUAACAUUUACACAUAUACAAGAUUCAUCAAAUCAAUCAAUAAUAUUAUUAAAACCUAGAUCUUUAUUGGUUAUGACAAAAUCAAGUAGAUUUGAUUAUAAACAUUCAAUAUCGAAAGAUGCUAUAGAAUAUUAUAAUGGAGAAGAGAUUAAAAGAGAUCGUAGAGUUAGUUUAACUUUUAGAACUAUCGUGAAUUUUAAUGAGAAUAAUGAGAACAUGGAAAAAGGUGGUUGCAAAUUUAAUAAUAAUAGUGUACAUUAUAAAUAAAUAAUGUACAUUUUAUUUAAUUUUGCGGGGAAGGAAAUAAUGAAAUGAUCAUGUGAUUAAUAUCUAUCACAAGACUUAUAAACACUGAGUGCAUGACCCUAUCAUCAUGUCUUAUCAUGUCUUGCACGUCAUUUGUCUAUGAGUCAUUUACUAAGAUGACAUGUGAUCGUGGAAAAAAGUUUGAAAUAUGCGUGAUUUUCAAUAAGAUUUUAGGUUUAUAAAAUCAUCUACUCCGGUAUUUACUUAAAAUGCCAAGACUUCUCGUAUAAGAAACCACAAUACGGAGUUUAUUUUCAUGUGUUUUUUCCUUAAUUCCUAAUAAAAUAAAGUUUGUACAUGACUUAUCGUACUUUUACACUAAACCAAAUAUCACUAUAGUAUAAAGGUUUUACAAAAAUCAAGAAAAUUUAAUCUAAAGCUUCACUAGCGCAAAAUCAUUCAUAGGAAAUAAAAAGUUUGCGACUCUGUGAGCUUAUAUGACAUUUGUGAAAUAA